AGGAGAGGGACUGAAGAGUAGAGACGACUAGAAUGUAUAGUCCUUAACGAGCUCACCUCAGCUGAAGACCAAGGCCUGCAGUUCCCAGUCAGACGAUGGCCGUUGCGAUGCAGAUGCUUUGGACCGCGUGCGCUCUCGUGGUCGUUUUGGCCGGUUCACGUGCGGUCCAGACUGGAACAAGCCCUCAAGGGCUCUCUUGCGUAAAUGACCUUCUCAAAAACGUCAACUGUACGUGGAGCCGGCCUCCAGUGGACCCAGAUGAGGACUGUCAGGUCCACGGCACCAGGAAGACCUGGGUAUGGAACAACGGUCUACAUGAUGGCCGUCCCAUGAUCCAAAGCUGCAAGCUCGAAUGGCUGGGAAACUCUGUGCGGGGUUGCAGUCUUGUCUUUGAAACAAAAAACUUGAUAAUUUCCGAGGUGAUGCCCAGUAUUCAGGUAGUGUGCAAUGGCGUGCAGAUGGAGAAGAUUGCCAACUAUACUCUAUAUGAGCACAUUAAGAUGCACCCUCCAAGUGCUCCCAAUAUCACCUUCCGUAACAAUGAGACCUGGAUAUCCUGGACCCCUGGAAGCCCUCGCUCCUCCUAUUUAUCUGACUUCAUAUUCCAUGUUCAAAUCAAACAGAACCACCAAAGCUGGAAGGAGGCCAGAGAUCUGUCCACACAAGAACAAGAGCUGAAAUUAACUACCUGGUGGAUGAAGGCAGGACUCCACCAGGUGAGGGUGAGAGUGAAAGUUUCUAACUCUCAUGAAAAUAUGCAGUGGAGCGACUGGGGCGCUGCUACAUCCUGGAUGAUGGACCCAAAACUGACGUCGACCCCGGAGGAUGAAGUGUCAAUUUUGGCCUGGUUACUGGGUGGAAUAUCCCUUGGCAUUUUUGUCCUUAUCCCACUGCUACGCGUGGCUCACUUGCAUAGAGGUUUUCUCAAGAAGCCAGUGCCAGACCCUUCUAAAUACUUCCAUACCCUUGAGUCAGUUCACAGGGGCAACUUUAAGAGAUGGCUGAAUCCUCAGUCAACCUCAAAGUGCUUUUUCAUGGCCCAGCCCCAUGAUCAUAUCUCCCCACUGGAGGUGUACGAUGCCUCAUGUGUGGUCCCCUCUCCCUCCCCCUCCUCUGAUCCUUCCACUGCCACCCUCCUUCAUUCCCACCCCAACUGCUUGUCCAGCGGCCUUGGUGAGAGUGGCAGCACUGAUCACUCCACUUCCUCUUGCUUCUCCAACAUGGGCUAUUUCUACUCUAGCUACACCAGUAGCCACUCGGCUGGCAACCCCUGCCCCAUAUACUUCACCUAUCAGGAGGAUUUCCAUGACCCAAGCAACAGCCACAACCUCCACAUCACCAUGUGCCCCUCCCUCACCAAAUACCCAUCCUACCAGCAACCGCAGGUCCCUGGAGGCCACCAGGAGAGGGAGCCCCACAGUCCAGACUCUGGCUUUGGGAUUGGGAUGGAUGCUCAAAUGGCUGAGGAAGAGGAAAGAGAUGAGAAGAAAAAUGGACUAAAGGAUUCAAGCAUCUGUGAAGACACUCCUCCUCUCUGCCUCACUAUCCAACUUCCUUUCCAGAUCUCUUCUUCCUCCCCACCUCCUCCACCCACUUCCAACUCUACAAGUCCCCUUCAAGUGCAUCCUGAUAACACAUCUCCCGUGGCCGGGCCCAGUGGAAGCUAUGUGGCAUGGCCUCUGAAUGGCACCAUAGGUAGGGCCUCCUCUAUGCCUCCUGGAGAGCCCCUUACUGGAGGGUACCUCACUCUCAAAGAGCUACAGACUACCUAUAGCAAUAAGUCAAUUUGAACCACCGGUAGAAUUGUUAAUUGACCAAUCUUAAGCUCCACCCACCCUUAGUUACAGUUGCUAUCUCAGGCCUUUUACUGUCCUCCAAUGUGGCAAUGCACAUACUGUUUUGUCAGCUUGUCCAAGUUGAAAUUGAGUUUCGGAGGAGGCAUGUGGAGUCGCCAGCCCUCCCCGGAGCAGCGACCGGGACGGCUCGGAAGUGUAGGGUAAUUGGCCAAGUAAAAUUGAGGAGAAAAAUGGGGGGGGGAAUUUGCUGUGACAAGUUUUUUUUAAGAUGAUAAAAAAAUGGAGAUUAGUAAAGUCGAACAAAUGUAAACAAAAUUAUUGUUGGUGCCAUGAUAUGAGUUCCUGUUUUGAUGUCGCAGACGGUGCCUACUACAACUAUUACAUCAUAAUGUAACGUGCAUGGAUAAGGAGACACGCUGGCCGCUCACUCGCGUGUCUGAUCCUUUAGUCUAGCGGUUAGCGAUGUCUCCUGCGGUGCGGGCGAUACGGGUUCGCUUCCCGGCCGCGGCAGUUCCUGUGGUUGCGUUGUCCCCCGAAUUCGCUACAAUAACAUUAUUUCAAGACAGUCUUGGAAGCCUCACAAUUCACAGUCGGUACAGUACAUCAAAAUGACUGGAAUUAACGGUUAUUACAGAAUAUAUCUGUAUCUUAUCCUCAUAUUGAUCGUAGACAGAAUGGAUGGACAUUGUAGCGAAUUCGGGGGGCAACCACAGGAACUGCCGCAGCGCGGGAGACACCGCUGACCGCUCAAUAUAGGGUCCGACCCAUUAGCCAAUGGCCAACGUGCCUACUUAUCCAUGCACGUUACAGUAUAGAUACUGUAUAACCUCCGUCUCUGACGUCAUAUCUCGAGCUUUAUACCGUCAUGAAUAAAAACAAAACGCUGCUGCAUUUUCCGUCAAAUUGUUUCUUAAAAACCUCUGAGAUGUCAGAUUUUGCCAUCUUUCUAUACUUUUUUCAAUUUUCAGUGUAGAUAGUUUGACACUUACAUCCUUUUAAAUUCCACUGCAUUACAACUAAAAAUUCAUUUUUAAUCAACAUUAGGAAAUUAACUUUUGGAUUUAAUGUAAACUAUUAAUAAGACACGUUAGCCCCUAGCUAACAGGUCUGACCCUUUAGUCGAGCGGUUAGUGAUGUCGCCUUGUGGUGCAGUGCACCCCGUAUCGAAUCCCGUACCGGGCAAGAAAAUAGUCGGUUACAUAAAUAUCAACGAUAUGUAAUGAGUGCCGAAGUGUGUAAAAACACUUUUACAUUUGUUUGGGUCAUGUUUUUGCAGUAUAAAACUCAGUUUCACAAGCAGAAUUUAAUUAGUAAUUUAAAAAGUUGAGCGUUUAAGACCUACACACUCCAUUGUCCCUUUGAGCAUUGUUACGACCCUCGGUCUGGAGAGGGUGCAACAAUUAGUGUACUGAGUAACAGUGAGGUGAGGGUGCAACACAGUGAGACGUAAACGUUUAAAUAUAAUAAAAUAUCAAUAUUUAUUUACACAAUGACAGGACAAGGGAACCGAACGGUUGCCAAAACAAACUAUUAACAAAAGUAACCCACACUUGACAGUGCUGAAAAGCACCAAAGCUAAAGCCAAAAAGUGGCAACCGCUGCUAACCUAGUGUGUCUAACAGAGAUAAGCUACGUGAUGGGGUGUUUGCCCAUGGGCAUCUUACCUUGAUCCCCUUGCCCAAAAGCAAUAAACAACUGAACAUGACUCAAAAUAGUCAAAAUGCAAACUUAACCAAAAACGGGCCAGACAUUACAAACACAAAGUAGCUACAACACACAAACUAAACUAGCUGGCCGCUGAACUGAACACAUGUGGGGGU